AUGUCCCUCUCUUCAGAUGCAGAUUAUUGCACCAAAUGUCCAGAAGAUCAGCAUCCAAAUAAGGAGCAAGAUCAAUGUCUCCCUAAGGAAAUAAGCUUUCUCUCCUAUCAAGAAUAUUUGGGAAUCAUUGUGGUGUCACUUGCAGCCUUCUUGUCCUUAAUUGCUGCUUUAGUGUUAGCAACCUUCACUAAAUACACAGAUACUCCUAUUGUCAAAGCCAAUAACCGGAGCCUCUCCUACAUCCUUCUCAUCUCACUCCUGUUUUCUUUCUUAACAACCUUCCUCUUCAUUGGACGCCCAAGGAAAGUCACCUGCCUUUUUCGACAAACAGCCUUCAGCAUCAUCUUCUCACUUGCUGUUUCUUCCGUCUUGGCCAAAACAAUCAUGGUGGUGUUAGCCUUCCUGGCUACAAAGCCAGGAAACAGAGUGAGAAAAUGGCUGGGAAGGAGUUUGACGAACUCCAUCAUCCUUUGUUGUUCCAGUAUUCAGGUGGUCAUCUGCAGCAUCUGGCUGGUGGUCUCUCCCCCAUUUCCUGACUCUGAUAUGCACUCCCAGUCAGGAGAGAUUGUACUUCAGUGCAACGAAGGCUCUCUUGCCAUGUUUUAUGUUGCUCUUGGUUACAUGGGCUUCCUGGCCACCAUCUGCUUCAUAGUGGCUUUCCUGGCCAGGAACCUCCCUGGGACUUUCAAUGAAGCCAAGCUGAUCACCUUCAGUAUGCUGGUCUUCUGUAGUGUCUGGGUGUCUUUUGUACCCACCUACCUGAGCACCAAAGGGAAGUACAUGGUGGCUGUGCAGAUCUUCUCCAUCUUGGCCUCCAGUGCUGGCCUGCUGGGCUGCAUCUUCAUUCCCAAGUGCUACAUUAUUUUAAUAAGACCAGAUCUGAAUAUGAAGGAACAGCUAAUAGUGAAAACAUAA